AUGUACCGGGCUGCCGCGGAUCUACCCUUGCUUUGUCCAUGUCCACUGUCCGCCUCUGCUCUCUACAUCAAUUGGGACGUCAUCGAGCCUUUCCGUCAAUCCAGGGAAUCAGCCCAACUACCUUUCCCAAAGUUCUCGCCCGCAGUGGCCCAAGCCAUCCCCGAUUGCCACGCGCAGCAGCGCAGGAAGGUGCUUGAAAAGGGACUUUGGUUCCCAAUGGCCCGGCUCUGGGCUCAGUCUAACCACUUUUCAGCCACCGAAAGCUUGAAUCUCGAAGCCAUAGCUGCGUCUCCGCCCGUUUUCUGCCCCAGUAACCCCAUCAGCCCAACUACGGAUACAAGUGCUUGUGGGUAUUCUGGGCAAAGUGCGAGAUAUCCGAAGGAGCAAAUCAUGCAUGACACCGCGGGGGCCGCCCCCGGGUAUGCUGCGACUUUUGUUGCUGGUUCUCGCAGACUCUACGCCUGUUUGCGCAAGACAUUUACGAAUGCUGACGUCCUAGGCCCCUAA